AUGUUGCGUACUUUGGCUUCUCCUUCUCGCCAUUUUAGCACAGGUGUCAAGGCAUUGGCAGCAACACCACGUUCAGUUGCCGGCUCAAGCGCCGCUUUAAGCACUGCAGCUACUGAAAAAAAGAAUAGCACGAGACACAAUGUCACGCUUGUACCUGGUGACGGUGUGGGCAAGGAGUUAUCCGAGUCUGUUCAAGCCGUGUUUGCUGCUGUGAAGGCUCCUGUCGACUGGGAACAAUUUGACUUGACAGGCCACGUCUCUUCCAAUGAUGCUCUUAUGAAAGAUACGCUCGCAUCGCUACGUCGUAACAAAGUGGGUCUCAAGGGUACGCUUUAUACGCCCGUUUCCAGGAUGGGGCACGCGUCAUUCAACGUGUCGAUGCGCAAGGAUCUCGAUAUUUACGCAUCCAUUUCACUCAUCAAAAACAUCCCUGGUGUGCCAUCACGUUUCAAUGAUGUGGAUCUUGCCAUUAUUCGUGAAAAUACCGAAGGCGAAUAUUCAGGUCUCGAACAUCAGUCUCAUCCAGGUGUUGUCGAAUCGUUGAAGAUCGUGACUCGCGCGAAGACUGAACGUAUUGCUCGCUUUGCUUUCGACUUUGCUUUGAGGAACAAUCGUAAGCGUGUCACAUGUAUCCACAAGGCCAAUAUCAUGAAACUUGGUGAUGGUCUCUUUUUGAAAACUUGCCAGGAUAUCUCUGAGGAAUACAAGGGAUCUGGAAUCGAAUUCAACAACAUGAUUGUUGACAAUGCCUCCAUGCAAUUGGUAUCAAGACCGCAGCAAUUCGAUGUGAUGGUGAUGCCCAAUUUGUAUGGCAGUAUUCUUUCCAAUGUUGGUGCAGGUUUGGUGGGUGGACCAGGCAUCAUUGGAGGUGCCAAUUUCGGUCGAGAAUAUGCCGUCUUUGAACCAGGUUGUCGUCACGUUGGCGCUGAUAUCGGAGGAAGCAAUGUUGCCAAUCCUACCGCCAUGAUCUUGAGCUCGGUGAUGUUGUUACGUCAUCUUGGACUUGAUGAGCAUGCCAAUCGUAUUUCGAAUGCUGUGUAUCGCACUAUUCAAUCGGGCACGGCCAAAACACGAGAUAUGGGUGGUAAAAGCAGCACCAGUGAAUUCACAAAGGCUAUCAUUUCAGCCCUUUAA